AUGACGAUAUGGCAGUAUAUGUUGGCUUCAUACUGUGCCCGGAACGCAAAUAAUGUUGGCUAGUGGCUACCACUACAAGAAGGAUUCCAACCUAACCUUUGAUUUUGUAACUUUUUACGAUCAUUUCUCACUCCUAGCAAAUUAUAAUGAGACUGUUUCCAACUUUGAACUCUUAUAGAAACUACAAACGUUUCAUCGGUGAAUUAACCAAAAAGUAUGGUAACUUUCCAGAAUCUUUUAUCAGAAGACGUAUCAGGCAGAUAGAAUUCAAGAAUCCACGAGGAUUCCCUCAGUAUCAAGUCAAAACAUUAGAAAAAGAAGAUUUCUACUUUGGAGAGCAUAGACCUUGGUCAGACGAGUUUCGAAAUGAAAACAGUAUUGCAAAGAAAGCUCGAAUAGUUCAUGUUGAACCCAUAAGAGAUUGGAGUUUCUUCAAAGGUGAUCGAGUUGAAAUAUUAGAGGGAAAGGACAAAGGAAAGCAAGGAAUUGUGAACCAGGUUAUUCAAGAAAGGAAUUGGGUGUACGUGGAAGGUUUAAACACCAAGUUGAAGUGUGAUAACAAAUCAAAAACGAGCCUGGGUGUGUACUAUCAAGAUGAACAGCCACUGCUUGUCACAAGAGAUGUUGCACUAGUCGAUCCUUCAGAUUUACAACCGGUGGGUGUUGAGUGGCGCUACACCGAAGAAGGCGAAAGGGUUCGAGUCUCCAAGAGAACUGGCAGAAUCAUUCCUAUUCCAGUGCAAGCCGAAGAAACAUUGGACUAUAAAACUAGGGGAACUUAUGUGGGUGAGUGUCAAAGAUCAUUGAUUCUUAUAAUAAUAAUAUCGUGUGAUCUGGCUGACUAAGGUCUGGUGUCAGAG